AGCUUAACUAACACCCUCUUCUCUCUCCCUCUCUGCAGAUGAUGACUCGUCCCUGCGUGUUGGCCCUGCUCGGCGUGGCUCUCCUGUGCGGCUUCGUGGCUGGGCAGGAACAGGGCGCGGGUGCAAGCGCUGCCCCCACGGGCCCCGUUACCCCCGCCACCCCCAAGAAGCCCGACGCCUCCACCACCGCGGAACCUUCCCCCGAACCCUCCUCUGAUACCGAUCCCAAAGCCGAGGCAGAGCCCGAGGCCGAACCCGAGAGUGAACCCGAACCCGAAAGUGACGACACGAAGGCCAAGUCAGCUGCCCCUAGUGACGAUGACGAGGAUGAUGAUGAUGAUGCGGAUGAGGCCGAGAUGGAGGGGAAGGUGAUGAAUGAUGAGGAGGAGGGGAAUGAUGAUGAGGAGGAUGAGGAUGAGGAGGAGGAGGAGGAUUAUGUGGAGAAUGAGGAGGUGGCUGACGCUGAGGCCUCAAGCAGCGAGAACGGAGCUGCCCUCGUGAGCGUGUCUCUUCCCUCAUUGGUGCUGGCCGCCGUGCUCGCCAAGGUGUUCGCCCACUGAACGAACACCUGCCAUCCACCACUCCCUCCUCAAUAUCAUCAAAAGGCCUUAUUACAUCAGGUGCCAGGCGACCCCGCGUGACAUCUGGUAGCACAAAGUAGCAGAGAGAGCGAGAGAAAGAGAGAGAGUGAGUGAGUGUUGAGUCUCGACGAAGAGAACAAGAGUGACGUGGCCGCAUGUGAUCUCCCUGUUCCCCUGCCCCGCUAUCCUCCGGGGGCUCGGUUUGUAAACAGAAGAACAAGCCAAAGUCCACAUAACAGCAGGCCGGGACACGCCUUCUCGUCACCUGGUGUCCCAACUUGUUGUUAUAUGGACGUUGGAACAAACCUGCGCACACUUUGUAACGCAGAGAGGCUUCUCGGAUUAAUGCAAAGAAAAAGAGCUGUUCCUUUUCUCAACUUUACAAAAUUUCAAUCCAGCUUGUUCAUCAUAUAUUUCUUCCCUUGCGUGUGGAUGAGUGUUUCUCGCUGUGUAUAUCUGUGUGUCAGUGUGUGCGUGUGAGCUCUGUGUGUGUGUGUGUGUGUGUGUGUGUGUGUGUCCGGGUGUGUGUGUUUGUGUUGUGAGUGGUCAACACAACUCACAGAUCAGCUUGGUUUUGUUUCGUUGUAUCAGUGGGCCAUUGUCACCAUUCCAGUAGUGCCUCAUAUGGGCGUCUUUUCUUUGUGAUCUGUUCUAUAAUCAUACGUUUCGUGAUAUAAUAUAAAGCACACUGUAUCUAUCUAUCGGUUGGUUGUCUGGGUCAAAUAUUAAUAAUCCGAAUAUGCACAACGCUUUCUGGGUAAACUGUAAGAUGUCCAUGUUAACUGUAAAACUAUAAUACGCUGCCAACCUGUCGCCUCCGUCAGUAGCACGCCAUGAAGCUGUCUGUGGUAAUUAAUUAUUUAUUAUAUCAUUAACUAUAGGUGCCACUGCUCUCCCCUGGCGGUGACUCAAACUGAAUCCAGCUUUCAUUGGUACUUAAUAAAAAACAAAACCCACAAAAAAAGGUCAAGUAUUCGCACGCAGGGAGUGACGGGAGGCUUGGGGUCCGUCCACGCCUGACUUCGAGUGUCCCACCGGAGGCUCAGGAGCGGGAACCUUCCUCCGCAGGGCUCCUUGUUUGUACUUUUAUAUAAUGUCCAGUGUUCGCUACGACUCGGUACACGCCGCCACGAACCUUUACUAUUCCUACACCAGCCUUCUCUCCGGCAUAAGAGGAAAACAAUAUGAACCUUCACUAUUCCUACACCAGCCUUCUCUCCGGCAUAAGAGGAAAACAAUAUGAACCUUCACUAUCCUUACACCAGCCUUCUCUCCGGCAUAAGAGGAAAACAAUAUGAACCUUCACUAUCCUUACACCAGCCUUCUUACCUGCCUAAAGACUACAAAAACGUAAGACAAAAUGAGCCUUUAUUCUCUUCUAUUGUCAAAUUUCUCUCCUCCCUAAAGACUACAUAACUGGAAAACAAAUUUAAACCCUAUUCUCUUCUCUUGAUGAAUUUUUCUCCUGCCUCAAUUCUUCCAUAAGAAAAGAGAAAACUUGUUCAGCUUCACUAACCUUUAAUUCUCACAAGUAUCAGAUUUCUGUUCUACCUAAAAACUACCAUAAAGGUAAAUAGAAUAAAGUCAACUAAGUGUUUUGAUUUCCAUGGAUUUUUUUCUUACCUAAAAACUGCAUAAGAGGAAAACACGACAGAUAUUGAACUGUGUCUGGAGUAUCUGCCUGUCACUACAUAUCCACCGAGAUCCGUUUCUUACGUUUCUCAGCUCUCCCUUUCGGCCGUCUGAGGUAGCGAACACGUUCAUAAUAAUAAUAGUAUAAUAACAAUAUCGAUGUUCUAGUUACUCCGAGCUGGUCUGUCCAUACUGGCCGACAUUCCCUGCCCAGUAUUUGUAUAUUUUUCCACUUUUCUGUGAGAUGUAAAACCCGAAAGCCUGUUGUAGUGUCACCCCCCUUUUCCUUCAUGUACUAUUCUGAAAUAAACAUCAUUAACCAUCA